AAUGAAAAAAUAAAAGAAUCUGAAUUUCAUGGCAAAUAAUAUUUUUUUGCACUUUGUUUCACAUGGCCUUACCACUGAUUAUUUGAUUUUUAGUGGAGCUAUGGAAGAAUGAGAAAACGUCCAUAGAGAUACAACCGGAAUCAUAUAGAACAUUAUUAGGCACAACAACACUAUUAGGGGUUUCUAUCUCCAGUAAUGAGUACAUUUAUGUUGCCCAUCAAUUGUUAUACAUAGUUAUGCACCGUACGUUCUAUUUAAACUCUAAAAUCUCUCUUGCUGAAAAAAUAUGAGCAGAAACAUCAUGAAUCUUAUGGAUUAUUAUGUUUACAUGCUGAGCUGAGAGAUUAUAGGGCCUCAACGACCGUGUAUUAAUAACCUGAGUAUUUUCUACUUAGUCCAUUAUUGUGGUAUAUUAUGUGUUUAGAGUGAUAGCUAGUGAAGGAAGGAAGGAAUGAAGGCCGCAUGACGACUCCUUUUGGGCUACCGAUCACGGAGGACACCGUGGGAGCAUUGUCCAGGUACCAUGGAAAGAAGGUGAUCACCCAGGAUGACUGCGCACGAGAAGCCAUGAGGCUGAUCCACGCCGAGGGCAAGAACCUGGAUGCUCUCGAUCACGCGUGGAAGCUCAAGGAAAAUUAUGGCAAUGGGAUGAGCACCUUGGUCCUCGUCUACAACGCCACCGGCGCCCGCGUGACCUUGGAGCAGAGGCAUGACUGGCAAGGCUACGUCUAUAGAAACCAGCCGCCGCCCAGCAUGCACAACGGCCAGUGGAUCUCCUUCCUCCACGUCGGGACCGGCACGGCCAGCCGUGCCGGCAGGGUCUUCCGUGGCCGGGACAAGAACGGCAAAAUUCGCGACUUCGUCGUCGCCUGGUUUAUCCCGUUGAACCUCCAGCCAACAGCAGCCUAUACUGAAAUCGGCGACCAAGACGCAUUUACGGGCCGGUGGCCUUACGUCGGUGCACGUCUCCAUACCGCAAAAAGAAUCACCCGGGCCAGCGACCACAACUGCGCGUCCACAGUCAGCAUCGACGGCUACACAACUUCGCAAUGCAUUGCUGUUCUACAACACAACUUUGAGCCCAUACCAUCAGAGCGCGAUGAUCCGGCCGAAUGGCCUUAGUAGCAACAAAUAACUAUAGAAUAAGACAUGUGCCCGCCCGCGCCGGCGACACAUUAUAUAUAAAUAAGUUGUUCUCCACCGCCCCUACAUAAGAGUGCAUGCUUUGUGGUACUACACUAGGAAGAAAAGCUAAGCUGUGACCUACCCAUAUCCAACCCGUGUAUGUCCUAUCUUUACACUAUGUAUUGAUCUAUCUAUUUGUUUUAACGCUUCAAUUCUGCA